AUGCUGGGCUUGACAUACAGCGCAGACCGGCAGAAUCACGUCGGCGCUUGCUUUGUUGCUCUUGGCGUCGUCUCUCUGGCACCGACCUUUAAACCACCAUCGACUUGCUUGCCACACCAAGCUCCACAGCCUGCUUUGACGCUCGUGCCCAACGCGACCAUGCAGAACGCUACGCUGUACUACUGCGAAUCGUCGCUCUUCAACAGCACCAACUGCCCAGGCUUUUUUGAGGCCGGAAUCGACGGGCGACGCAACCGGUGUUUGACGACCGACCAGGUGGACAUCCCGGUGAUCGCACUCAACUAUUCGCAGACGAACAGCGGCGGGCAGGGAAUGGCGUGCACGAAUCCAGCCAGCAGCUCGGCGGGUGGCAAGGUGAAGGUUGCCCGAGGCCUCUUGUUGAUCACGCUGCUCACUUGCCUUUUCUCGGCUGCGCUUGGUCAGCCGAUGUCAGGCGAUCUCAGACUAGAGGAGAAACGCGAUGUGACCUGCAAGAGCUUCCUACCGACCGAGCGAGAAAAGAUCACUACAUCCAGACUCACGAAAACAUCGGCUGAGGUGGAUUGCAGGCAAUCGGGUGCGCCGUGCACUGUAUCGAAUGGCGAUGGCAAGAAGCUUAGCUUCGCGAGCGAGUACUUUAUCGACGGAGGUGGCUCGGUGAAGGACUUGGAUCUGCAGGCCACUUUUGGGUCGAGUGGCUACACGCAAUCGUACUCGUCCAAGGUGAUCUACACCAGCUGGAUCCCCGUGGGCCAGUGUGGAUACCUGACGAGCUACAGCGAUGCCACCUUGUUCGAAGGGUAUUACCGGGACUGUAGCGAUGGUGGCAACCGGACGGGGACGGCGGUGGUCGUGCGCAGAGGCUCUCCGUUGAGCUCGUUGGUCCUGACGAGUUGCUGA